UGAUAUUGAUGAUUUAUGUUUGUCAAAAUUUUAAUUAAAACGUUUAUAUCAUGGACGAUUUUCGAAUAGAAACUGACACAAUGGGAAUAGUUCGCGUCCCCAUCCGCAAAUAUUACGGUUCGCAAACAAUGAGAUCGUUGGUGAAUUUUCCAAUAGGCGACGAGGCCGAAAGAAUUCCAUUGCGAGUAAUUCAAGCGAUGGGGAUUGUUAAAAAAGCAUCGGCUCUUGUCAAUCUUCAAUACGGUCUCGAUUCAAAAAAAGUUGAAAAUAUAACUCACGCUUGCGACGAAGUUAUAUCUGGGAGUUUGUACGAGGAACAUUUUCCCCUUUUGAUAUGGCAAACGGGAUCCGGAACUCAUACCAACAUGAAUGCGAACGAGGUAAUUGCGAAUAGAGCAAUCGAAAUGAUGGGUGGAAAAUUAGGAACGAAAGUUCCGGUACAUCCUAAUGAUGAUGUAAAUAUGAGUCAGAGCAGUAAUGAUACAUUUCCCGCUGCUAUGCAUAUAGCUGUAGCUAUCGAGUUGCAAGAGUGCACUUUUCAGGGAUUGUUCGCUUUGAGAGAUGCGUUAGAAAAAAAAAGCAAAGAGUUUACUAACAUUGUAAAAAUUGGUAGGACACAUCUUCAAGAUGCUGUUCCUCUCACUUUAGGACAAGAAUUUAGUGGUUAUUUACAACAAAUUAAUUUUGGGAUCGCAAGGCUGCAAGAUACACUUCCUCGGCUCUAUAUGUUAGCUAUAGGGGGUACUGCAGUGGGCACAGGUUUAAAUACUAGGUCGGAUUUUGCAGAAAAAUCCGCAUCGCAAAUAGCCCAGCUCACCGGAUUACCAUUCAUUACAGCCCCGAAUAAAUUCGAAGCGUUAGCGGCUCACGAUUCGAUGGUCGAAGUUUCUGGAGCUUUAAAUACUAUAGCUUGUUCCAUCAUGAAAAUAGCCAACGAUAUCAGAUUUCUCGGUUCCGGACCGCGCUGUGGUUUCGGAGAAUUGAACCUACCCGAAAACGAACCCGGAAGUUCGAUGAUGCCCGGAAAAAUUAAUCCAACACAAUGUGAAGCUAUUACAAUGGUUUGCGCUCAAGUUAUGGGUAAUCACGUUGCAGUUACAAUCGGAGGUUCAAACGGACAUUUCGAGUUGAAUGUUUACAAAACUAUGAUGGUUGCUAAUGUAUUAAGAUCAGCAAAGUUAUUAGGAGAUGGUUGUAUCGCUUUCGCAAAUAAUUGUGUAAUAGGGAUUUCUCCUAAUUUAAAGAAAAUUGAGCAUAAUUUGAAAAAUAGUUUAAUGUUAGUGACUGCUCUUAAUCCUCAUAUUGGGUACGAUAAAGCUGCGAAAAUUGCUAUUACUGCACAUAAAGAUAAUGCUAAUCUUAGAGAUACCGCGGUAAAAUUGGGAUUUUUAACAGCCGAUGAAUUUGAUCAAUGGGUGAAACCUGAAAAUAUGUUAGCACCAAAAAAAUAGGAGUUUUAAAAUGUAUUAUUGAAAUUUAUUGUAAUCUAUAAUAAUAAUUGUAAUGAUUUAUUUUAA